AUGGAUGCGGACGAAUCUUCAGAUUUUGAGCCUUCUCGUCUUGGAACCAAGGAACACUGGGACUCCGUCUACGCUCGAGAAGUAGACAACUUCGAAGAAACUGGCGAUGAGGGCGAAGUCUGGUUUGGCGAAGACGCUGUUGAGAAGAUGGUCGACUGGGCAGCUGAGAACAUUCCGUCUUCUAGCGAGCCCUACGUCCUUGAAGUAGGAGCUGGAAACGCAACCUUGCUCUUAGCGCUCGUCGAUGCAGGCUAUUCGGCAUCGCGGGCCGCCGCGAUCGACUACAGCCCAGACGCAGUCCGUUUGGCCCGUCUGGUCGCUGAGCAACGCGAACAUCCGGACGUUCUCGUAGCUGAGUGUGAUUUCCUCGCCCAGGACCCGCCACUAUGUGCGGGACAGAAGGAAGGGUGGGACCUAUUGCUCGAUAAGGGUACAUACGAUGCAAUAGCGCUUGGCGACAAGGAUGAAAACGGUCUCACACCAGCCGCGAGAUACCCUCCGCGAGCUGCAGCGAUCUUGAAACCGGGAGGCUACUUCCUCAUCACUUCAUGCAAUUUCACCGAGGAAGAACUGAAGCGUAGCUUUGCCACGCCAGAGACCGGUCUCGUCUAUCAUUCGCGGGUACAGCACCCCGUCAUCUCGUUUGGAGGGAAAAGCGGCAGCGUCUAUGCUACAGUAGCGUUCCAGAAACCAAAGUAA